CAAGAGAACGGGAUACUCCCAAGUGUCAGGAGGGUGAUAACGCUGCACACACGGACAGAUCCAGCUGGGCUUCUCACCUCGGGAAAAUGUGCUCCACCUGACCGCGCCGCCAUGGCUCUGAGCCAUGUCGAGUCGGGACCUCCAGCUUCGGUCGCACGUCCUUGCUGUAGUCAGCAGGGAGCGAACCUUUCUUGCCAACUGCGCGUCGGAGGGCUUGUGAAGAAGUCAGGCAUGUUUUUUCGUAGAAGCAGCAUUGGGAUGCUUUGAUUAGGAAGCUGCUAACAACUGUUUGUGCAAUAUCUUGGCUAACCAGAGCUCUUCCAGCGUCGUUUCCUCGUCGAGCUUCUAGUUAGAGGACUUUCACGUGUUCAUUGCGUAAUGGCUUUCGCACUCGCACAGAAGCUUGUCAUUCCGCCUAGCAGUGUCUCCGGUGCCUUUCCCAGGUCACCAUCAGAAUCGUCCCAUAAGAUUUGCUCUCCGUCCCGUCGAGACGUUCCCAGGAGAUUGAGAUGUUCAGCAGGCGACCCCUCGACGUCAUCAGAAGGCAGCAGUAAGUCAGAUCUCCACACACAACGGGAGGCCGUUACUGCUAGCCACUUCGACUCUCAAGAAUCGCAAAACCCACGAGAAUUACAAGAUUCACCAGUUUUAGGAGACUCACGAGAUUCAGGAGGAGCGGAAGCUGGACCUGGCGUUGAUGCCAAGCAGGAUAGCUCCAGGACGAUUCCACGAAGGUUCUUGCUCGCAGGAGCCACGCUAGCCGGCGGUGGAAUCCUUCUAGAAGGCGGAGGCGACAGAGCGGGCCGACCGUUACGGAGUAACAACGGUCGGCGAUGGUCCAUCCAGGGUUCGAGUAACGCGACACCGUUGCCGUUACCGUUACAGCCAGACGUUGAUUCGCUCCCUGGCGAAUCGAGGAGCCUGCUGGACGACAGGCAAGGCCUGUGGGUGUCGGAAGCGGGGUCCGACGCUCGGCUUGUUCCUGUUCACGAGGGGUUGAUCGCGGAGAAGAGGUUCAGCGAAUCUGGGCCGUACGAUGUGGAAAAUCUGUACCAUCAGGAGCACACGUGCGCGUCAUGCUUCCCGGACUGCGCAGCAGGCGGCUGCUUGUUGCGAAUAACGGUGACCUACCCAGCGAGAAUGCGCCACACGGCAUGGACGCCUCAAUACUCGUUACAGGAGGACAAGUUCCCGCUGGCGGUGUUCAGCAGCGGAUUCCUGCUGGACUCGGCACAGUACCGCAGUUAUGCGGAGCACCUGGCGAGUUGGGGCUUUGCCGUCGUCACUUACAACAAGGUGGAGGGACUGAUGGGGCCGCUAGAUGACAUCAUCUGUGCGCGAUUCAUCACUGAGCUCAUCAACUGGGCUGGUACCAGCCAUGUGCUUCGCAGGAUAGCAGACAACACGCGGGUGUAUCUUUGCGGCCACUCCAGAGGGGCUAAGGUUAGCGUGCUCGCAGCAGCUAUGGACCCUAGAGUGCUAUCGCUGGGACUGGUGGACCCUGUCGAUAACACAAUCUAUGCACCUCUGGCCCCCGGAUACCCCUCAGCCGUGGCAGCCAUGCGGGCGGGCACCAGUGCCAUCGAGCACCUGCUGGCCGACGCGCACCCCGCCAACCAGGGCCUCGCGCUCUCCCUCCCCACACUCGUCGUGGGCGGGGGGUACCCCGGCGACUGCGCCCCUGCCGCCUCCAACUACCGCUGGUUCUUUAAAGAGGCGGGUAACCCCAGCUGGGAGGUGGUGCUGCGAGACGCGGGGCACUUCCAGUUCUUGGACUCGGCGCCCGUGCUGCAGUCGGCGCUCUGUGGGCUGGGGGGGGCGAGGGACGAGGACGUGAGAAGGGCGACAAGGGCGUGUAUUGCGGCGUGGGGGCAUGCGACUGUGCCCCGGCAGAGAGUGGGGGCGGUGCGGGGACGUGGGAGUGGGUUGAUGGAAUUGCAAUUGCUGCAGCAGGAGGAGCAGGCGAGAGCAGGAGUGGGGGGAGCAGGCGUGGGGGGGGGUGGAUCUGGGUGCAUCAGCAUCGGGGGGAGUUGCAGUGAAAAUGGCAGCAGUGGGAGCAGUGGGGGCAGUGGGAGCAGUGAUAUCAGCAGCACCGAUGGACCUGUAGCUGACAGUUGGAGUGUGGGUCCAGCCAGGGCAAUGAUGCCUGCACAGACUCCUGCUCCUGCUUUGACCCCCUUGGCUCCAUUGACUGUAGAGGACAGUUUAGAGGCCCCUGUGUCAGAUAGGAAGGAUGAGCUCAAGGGAAUGGUGACUUCGGUGGCUGCUGAGCUGGCAGCACUGGGUGGUACCAAGUUUGUGUCAAGAUUGAAAAUAUGAUAGUAAGGCUUGGUAUACCUUGUAUUAUUAAUAAAUUUGUGUUAGGUUU